GUGCCAUCCGUGUGUGCGUUCUUGGUACACUGCAUUGCACAAUUCGGUCGUACACACACACACAUACACCAUACGAAUAUGGCGAAGCAAGCUAGUGUUGCUUCCGUGCUCGGGGCAGCAUUAGUCCUAAUUGUCGCCCUCCUCGCGGCAUUUCCAGCAGAGUGCGGUGCUCACCGUCACCGGGCAGCUAAGCCUCACGGACAUAAGAAAGCGGUGCACUCCAUCGGCGUCUGCAACGGCGUGCUGGGCAGCAACCUCCCGACGCCGAGCGACGUGGUGCAGCUCUACAAGUCCAAGGGCAUCGCCUCCAUGCGUAUCUACGCCCCAGAGACCGGCAUCCUGCGCGCCCUGGCCGGCACCGGCAUCGGCCUCGUCAUGGACGUGCCCAACGAGAACCUCACGGCCAUGGCUUCCAGCCCUCCCUUCGCCGCCGCCUGGGUCAAGGCCAACGUGCAGCCCUACAGCUCCUCCUCCGGCGUCUCCUUCCGGUACAUCGCCGUGGGCAACGAGGUGGUAGACAGCGAGGGACAGAAGAACAUCCUCCCGGCCAUGAAGAACCUGGCCGGCGCGCUCGCCGCGUCCGGCAUCGGCAUCAAGGUGUCCACGGCGUUACGGUUCGACGCGAUCACGAACACCUUCCCGCCAUCCAACGGCGUGUUCAGCGACCCCUCGUUCAUGGGCCCCGUGGCGGCGUACCUGGCGUCCACGGGGGCGCCGCUGCUCGUCAACGUGUACCCGUACUUCGCCUACGUGGACAACCCACGUGACAUCCAGCUCGGCUACGCCACGUUCCAGCCUGGCACCACCGUGAGGGACGACGGCAACGGUCUUGUCUACACGAACCUCUUCGAUGCCAUGGUGGACUCCAUCUACGCAGCGUUGGAGGACGCCGGCACGCCGGGAGUCGGGGUCGUCGUGUCGGAGAGCGGGUGGCCGUCGGCUGGCGGGUUCGCGGCGACGGCCGAGAACGCGAGGAGGUAUAACCAGGGGUUGAUCGGCCAUGUCGGUGGCGGCACGCCGAAGAAGGCCGGCCCGUUGGAGACGUACGUGUUUGCCAUGUUCAACGAGAAUCAGAAGACGGGGCUUGAGACCGAGAAACACUUUGGGCUGUUUAACCCGGAUAAGUCACCGGCGUACUCCAUUAGCUUCUGAGACCGAGAGGGAGACAUAUAUGUAUACCAUCAUUUCUGCGUUCGAAUAAGGUGCUUCUUUCUAGUGCAGAUUGACAACGGGACCUGUUCCCCUCAGAGCUUCAAAAUCUAUACGGACUACUGUAGUAGUACGUUGCUAUUUAAAAUCUAUAUUUGAGCUCCAUGAACGGAAGUCUGAGAGCAAAAUUGAACUUACAGAUACGAGUAGCAUUCACAGUUUGGAAGGAAGAUCUAUGAUGAAUUUAUAUAGACUUAAUUUAUAUUGAUGGGUGAAUGGAUACCUGAUGAUUCUUAAA